CGUCGCCAGUGUCGCCCUCUUCCCGCCUCUGAUUUUCCGCCUCUGGCCAUGUACACUAAUAAAUCCAGGCCGUGAACGGGUGCCGGGAGCCGGGAUCUAUGACACUGUGUACACCUCUACACCAGUACACCUAGCGAGGUACCCAGGUCCUAGGGCGGCUACAACCAACGUUGACGGUGUGCGACCGUGACCCGGACGCAGCAGGUGGAAAGGCCGAGCUCCAAUAAACACGCAGCAGCAAGGAGCAAUUAAACCCGGCACUCGUCCUGCGUGCCUUCCCGUUUUGGGCUUCUUUCGAAAAACCGGGGGUGCCGUCCCGUCCCAGAAUCGUUUCAUUUCAGGUUCUCGUCGACACCGACCGCCGCGGCCUUCCAUUGCACUUAAUACCCGCCUCUCCCUUCUUAUCUCUCCUCCCUCUCGUCUCUUCGUAAUUUUUCCGUCUGCUUGUUCUGCGAACGCCACAUAUUCCCCGCCUUCACCAUUCUCUCAGAUUUUAAUAACUAAUCCAAACAAUAUCACGUCCGGGUUUUCCGACAUCGAUACAUAAUAGUCUCUACUUCACACCACCACCACCACAACAACAAACCUCAACUCAUCACACACUCACCUCCCAUCGCCAGUCACCAUGCGUCAGAACAUCAUCUUCGUCGCGCUCUCCGCGCUCACCGCUGCCGUCGCCGCCCAGUCGUCCAACAGCAACCUCACCGUCCCCGUCGACUCUGUUAACCCGACCUUGAGGAACCAGUGGUGUGUUGCCCAGUACAACACCUGCAAGAUUCUUUGCGGCAUGUCUGUCUCGAAGAACGACUGCGACCCGACGACGCUGGAAUGGAGCUGCACUUGCAGUUCUGGCGUUUCCCCAGCUGUUGAGGAAUACGAACAGACUGUACCUUUUCUCAUGUGUGAAUUCGCCUUCGACACCUGCAUCGCCAACCACCCAAACGAUUCCCAGGGUCAGGAUAAGUGCGAGACGGACAUCAGAGACAAGUGCGCUACCAAGCCGCCUGCCGCGAUCAAGGUAUCCUCGUCUAGCGCCGCUGCCACCACUUCCGCUGCCAAGCCCACCCAGACCAAGGACACUGCCGUUGAGACUUCCGCUGCCCCCGCUUCCUCGACCUCUGAAAGCUUUGCUGCUCCCACCAACGCUGCUGCCUUCCUCGGCAACGGUGUUGCUGCUGCCGCUGCUGGUGUCUUCGCCGCUGCCCUUCUCUAAGCAGUGCACCUCAUGAAGGAAUGACGGACGUUUGAUACCUCGAUGCUUCUCAAAAGUUUACUUUUUAGUUUGCUUUGGAUGCGGCGGCGUUGAAGGUUGAAUUCAGUUCUUUGUAUCUACCCAAAAAGGACCCUCUCGGAAGGCUUGUAAUCAGGCAUGUAUCGCGGCGGCAGUAUCCACCUUGACACGAGGCAAUAAGCUGAAAGGAAGCAUUAAUACGUACGCAGAGCGCCUAACGAGAGGAGGUCAGGUGUGAUUAACAGAGCAGGAAUGGGCGAUUUAACGCAUAUCUUGGGUGGCAGGAAAGUACAUGAGGGGUCUUGUACGUGCGUGGUUUGGUGCCCGUUUGGUUUGAGGAUGAGAGACAGUCAAAUACCCUUUAUCUUAAUUCAUAGUUGUGACCCUCUAUCCAUUCUUUGAACCUCAUUGUGAGUGUCGUGCCUUUCAAUUCGAGAGAAAGGGAUAUAAAUAAGCUGGUCAGUUGUCCUUGAUGGGCUUUGUCGGCAACUGGUUGUCUAAUAAGCCCUUUGUCUGCAUUGAGUUUUCGCUGAUAGAAUUCUGGACAGAAUCGUACUCAGCGAGAUGGGUGGUUGCUUUGAAACAAUGCGAUUGUGAAAAUAGAAUUGCUAUUUCCUGGCCCG